GGUCAAGUCAGUGCAGUGGGAGAGAAAGAAAAUAAUAUUCAGUAAAAAGUGAGUGAAGCUGGCUCUGGAUCGGGAUCAGCAUCUCGGCGAUCACGGAGUAGGUUCGCGUGGAGGGGUUGCAUGCAAGUGGAUGAGGCGUGCGACGUCGGUGCCGCAAUGGGCUAGAUAAUGGCAAAGCGAUCUGCAAAUUCUUUGCUUGAGACAGAACUGCCGGCAUCGCGCUGUGGCGAACUGGAGCGAGAGGAAAAUGUUGCCGAUGCCACAAUCGCCUUCCGCCGCUGAGAUAUUCCUGGAGGAGGAGGAAGACGCAGUGUUCGGCGUCAAAUUGCGGCGAGUCACGUACAACUCGGGCCUAACCGACUCAUUUCUGCAAUGGCAAACGGAGAAAGUGAGAACGCUGCGAGCGGCCACACAGGAGCGGCUCAUCAAGGAACUCCUGCCAGAGCAUGGGCAGAUCGACGCGACGUUCCUGAUCACCUUCUUGGGUACUUACCGCACGUUCAUGUCGACCGAAGAUCUGCUGGCCAUGAUUCGCGAGCGGGUGUCCACGCACUGCCAGUUUCACUCGCUGACGACGAUCAGCCGAUCCAACUCUGAGUCGUCGGUGGGAUCGGCGUCCACGGAGCGCUCUCAGUCCGGCAUCAGCAUCUCGUCCGGAGAUGAGGAGCUGAUGGUGACAGGCGAGGGUCUGACUAGAAUUGAGUCGUCGGAUGCACGACAGGGCGCCGCCUCACCGCCAUUGUCCUCAUCACCGCCCAUGGCGUACGACGACGAAGACAUGCUGGGAACGGAGGAGCUGGCGCGGUCCGUCAUCGGCCGCAGCCUGAGCAUGAGCACGUUCUCGGCGGGUGGAAUGUCGCCGAGCCUAAGGGGUAGCCGCGCGCUAGUCUCGCAGCGGAUUCGUAUGUUCUCGCUGAUGACGGCCGACCGUGAUGACAGCCACCGUGCCCGACCCGGCCUGAUACGCGCUCGUGCGGCCACGGUGCAUGCACACCGUCGAGGCGGAGAGCUAUCACCGGAUAUCUGCAGCUCCGUCGACAGUCCAUCCCAGUCUCCGCAGCCCCCGUACCGCACCAUCGUUACAGAUAGCAAACAGCACGUUCGCACCGGUUCCGACGGUACGCAGCGUGACAGCGGCAACGGAACCGAAUCGCAGGAGGAGAGUGCACCCGGAGAACAGGAUACGCCGGAGAGAAACCCUUCGGCUGUCCGCCGGAAGCUGCCGUUCACGCGCGGCGAAGCAACAGUCAACGAACGUGUAUCGCCGGACGAGGCAAGAGAUUUCCUCGGCAGUGGCUUCCACACACCUAGACCGGGCUCGUCGCAGGAGUUGGCGUCGGCGUCGAAAGGCACGCAAGAUGGCAUGCCUCCGCGCUCGCUCUCCUUUUCUCCAUCCUCAAGCUCGAAGGCAAGAUCGAGAGCACAGCAGUCGGCAUGGCAGGGCCACUCCAAGCCCAUACUGCGACCGACAAUGGAAGAAAGCACAAGCGAGACUACACCCCCAUCACCGUAUGCCGCAAGUCCAGAGGACAAUGAUGAAUGCAGUGGCGGUGAAGAGGAAGAGGAAUUCGACGACGAAGGCCUGGAGGUGACCAUGAUCGACGAUCUGCCACCGGCGUCGGCGAUGCCUGCUACAGCCGGUGGUGAGGAUGGCGAGGCAAUGGCAUCCAGUGCGACUCCUCGCUCCGUCACUAGCAAUCAUCUUGACGACCUGAGACUGGACCCGCUCGACGAUGACCCAGCGCUGAGGAGUGACGCAAGUACUGCCGAACCGAGCGAGGACAAGCCCGGGAAAGAGGACACUGCCUCGGACAUUCUGAGGCCGCUCUCGCAACAUGGCCCGGACCCAAAGGACAUCUUCAAGUCUGUGCUGUCCGUACUUCGCGUCUGGCUGGACCAGUAUCCGGAAGACUUCAAGCUGCCGCAGCUGCAGAUGCGGCUGUUCGGCCUGCUUGAGGAGUGUCGCAUUGCACCCGGCCCGGAGUUCGAUGAUGUGUACAGCUUAGCGGAGGUGCUGAGCUCGGAGUCCAGUCCGGUUCCAGGUUCCACGUUCAGUUCACCCUGUACGCCUACGGCAUCGGCUGUUAACACGUUGGCUAUGAAGAAAUCCAGCACUCUCGUCAGUCUGCAUCAGCGGCACAGGAGUACUAUGGCGAGUAAGCAGCCUGCACAGCCUUUCUCCUAUUCACAACAUCACUAUUAGACUGCUCCAGAAGCUUCACUGCUACAUAGUGGGAUAGUACCUCACUGCUACAUAGUGGGAUAGUACCUUACUGCUACAUAGUGGGAUACUGUAAAGCGAUAAACUUUCGCGGCGUGCAAAAUGCAUGCGACAAAUGUUUCAUUAAAAAAAUUGAUCAUGCUUACAUCAUCGUGUAGUGUUUCUGGAAGAAUCUGAGGGUUUCGCGAGUUCCAGUGGAACCCACUGGAUCCGCUCCUGAUGGCAGAACCACUGUAUUUCGAAAAGAUUUCCCUACCUACCCAAUUCAUGGAAGCUGAUACCGGCUGAUCUAUGGUUGAAACAAGAGUACACAAGCCCCCAGAGUGUGCAACGCCUGAUCCAGCUCUGCAUAGGGUCUUGGUUGAGCGUAGUCGGAUCUUUGCGUCAUAAUACCGCACACAUCUGAGGGGAAUCCGGGGAGUAGCGGGGACUCUCGUGUCAAAAAUACAGGUGCCUUGCCACGAGACCGGCCUUGC